AUGCUGGCUGAAAAAUCACAGCUGCUUGGGAGUGCCGGGGUUAAGGAGGAUUCUGAGGACUCUGUUAAAAAGAAUUCCUUGGGGCCCUUGGGUGGCUCAGCUAACCGGCUGGAGAAGGCGGCGGCCGCGGCCUACACCUUCCUCCAGAGGAACCCGAAGCACGAGCUGACCGCCAAGUAUCUCAGCUACUACCGGGGGCUGCUAGAUGCCGGCGAGGAGCCCCUCACGGACUUGGAGGCGCAGCCCUACGAGGCGGUGUUCCUCAGGGCUGUGAAGCUCUACAACAGCGGGGAUUUCCGCGGCAGCACGGAGGACAUGGAGCGGGCCUUGGCCGAGUACCUGGCGGUCUUUGCCCGGUGCCUGGCCGGCUGCGAGGGGGCCCACGAACAGGUGGAUUUCAAGGACUUCUACCCAGCCAUAGCAGGUAUUCCCCUCCCCCUGCAGACCCCUGUGGGCUGCACGCUCUCACCCACAGGGCCCUGCUUCCCAGAACUCCUAAAGCCUCCUGUUGUGUAAGUAUUCAUCCCAUACACAUGUAUGGAGCACCCAGGAAGUUCUUGGGAGGUGGAUGGAAGUAAGGUGUUAUCCCUGCCCGGGGAGGCUUCAGUUUGUGAGAAAGACAGGCUACAGUCCUGAGUGUCCGUGGUGCUGGGCAUUGGUGCAGAGAGGUGGUGACAUCCCUAAAGGGGCUGGGGGGCGUUGGUUUCGCAGACCUCAGGCAGAGGGACUUCAAAGUGCCAAGGUGCCAAGGUGGUG